AUGCCGGCCAACCAUCGCCAGCCGGCAGCUCAGACGCCAGCGUCACCGAAUACAAAGUCCACCGCGAGAUACACAAACAAGGAUGGCUCCAAGAUCAUCACCGUCCCGAAAGGCCCCCCCUCCGCCGAACCCUCGCAACCCUCUACUCCGACCUCGUCGGCAAAGGCGCCCAGCGUCCAGACCCUCGAUACCAACGGUGCUGACCCCUCAGCGCCUACUGUGAAUCGAAAGAAGCAGAAGCGUCGGGCAAAGGCUGCCGCCAAAGCUGCUGCCGAGCAAGCCGCUGUCCAACCACCAAACGGACGUCGCCCGAGUCCUGCUCCUGGUGCGCCCGCGCCCAAACCCCAGGUUGCCCAAGAUGACGAGGAUCAGGAGUCCAGCGAUGACGAGCCCGAAGACCAUCACUCUACCGACGACCGGCCCCAUGCCAACGGCUUCUCCGCGACCAAAUCCAAAAAGUCCAAAAAGAAGAAGAAGAAGAACGGAAAGAACCCGCAGCUGGCCAACAGCCAGUACGACAGUGUUCCGUUUCCUCAUUCUCACUCCCACUCGCCAUUGACGCCCCGUGGCCCUGGUAUCUCCAAGGAUAAGAUCUGGAACACCAGCUCGCAGGAGGAGCGGGAGCGCAUCAAGGAGUUCUGGUUGGGUCUCGGCGAAGACGAGCGCAAGUCGCUAGUCAAGGUCGAAAAGGACGCCGUCCUGAAAAAGAUGAAGGAGCAGCAAAAGCAUACAUGCAGCUGUACUGUUUGUGGCAGGAAGCGCACCGCCAUUGAGGAGGAACUCGAAGGCCUGUACGACGCUUACUAUGAGGAGCUCGAGACCUUUGCGAACAACGGAGAAGGACCGCAUAUUCUGCCCCCUCACCGCGAAUUCCCCUUGCGACCUUCACGCAUUCCGUCAUCCUACACAGGCCAACCACCGUCACGCGGCCGUAUAGUGGAACAUGUAGGCGACGAUGACGACGAGGAGGAGCCAGAGGAGGAGUACAGCGACGAGGAGGAGGAUCUCGAGGAGGAGGAGGAAGAAGAGGAAGACGAAGAAGACGACGAGUACAGCGACGAAGAUGAACCCCCCGAAGAUACUCACCCUCACGAUCGAGACGUUGCCGACUUCUUGACGUUUGGGAACAGCCUGCAAGUCAAGGGUAUGCAGCUUCUGGACUCCCUACUCUGCAGAUAUGGUAACAUGGACUUAGGCGGCAUACUCACCGUUGCGGAUGACCUCCUCAAAAACGACGGCAAGCGUUUCAUCGAAAUGAUGGAGCAGCUCGCCGAACGCCGCAUGGCCCGAGAAGAGGACGCCAAGGAGCACUUCUCUCGCGGCUACGCUCAUCCCGCCAACGGCUCUUACUCGAAUCAUAACCAUCCUCCUCCCGAAGACGACUAUGACGACGAAGAUGAGGAGGAGGAUGAGGACUAUGAUGACAGUCAAGAAGAGGAAUACGAGGAUGAAGAAGUGAGCUCCUCUCAAUACACAUAUGACCAUAAACACUCGAGUACUGAGCAUUACUGUUGUCAUCAUCAGGACACGAUGACCGAGGAACAGCGCAUGGAAGAGGGUCGUCGCAUGUUCCAAAUAUUCGCCGCUCGAAUGUUUGAGCAACGGGUCCUGACAGCCUAUCGAGACAUGGUCGCCAAGCAACGCCAGCAACAGCUCAUCGAGGAACUCGAGGAGGAAAAUAGGCAAACCGCUCAGAAGAAAGCCAAGAAGGCCAAAGAGAACCAGAAGCGCAAGGACAAGGCCGCGCUGAAGAAACAGCAACAGGCCGAGGAGAAGGCGCGGAAGGAGGCCGAGAAGGCUGCAGAGGAGGCCGCUCGACUCGAGGAGCAGCGGCGAAAGGUGGAAGAGCAGAGAAUGAGAGCGGAGGAGAAACGUCGAAAGAAAGAAGAGCAGAAGCGACUGGAAGAAGAAGAACGCCUUCGCAAAGAGACCGAUCGACAACGCCGACUCCAGGAACAGCAAGAGAAGCGCGCGGAGCAAGAACGCAAAGCGCGCGAAUCCCGCGAGAAGACUCAGAAGCUCAAGGAAGAAGCACGAUUACGCGAACAGGAAAUCCGAGACCAGAAGGACAAGGAGCUCCGUGAGCGCAAAGAGAAGCAGGAACAGGCCAAACGCGACAAGGAGGCCAAGGCCAAGGCUGAGAAGGAAAGCAAGGAUCGCAUCAAGCAGGAGGAAAAGGCUGCCCCAAAGGCUGCCACGGUUGCUGCUGCUCCUAUUCCCAUCCCCACCUCAGGCCGGCGACUAUCGCAACACCCAGUACCGAUUCCGACACAUCCAUCCAACCCAGCAUCCUAUGCGUCCCCCAAGAUACCCGUUGCAACACCGGCUCUUCCCAAAGCUCCGACACCAAUCCGUCCUAAGCAUGCCUCUCAGCCACUGGACACCAGCUUGCCUGAAUCCCAAGCUUCGCGAUCAGGCUCUACUGCCAGCCAAAACCCAUCGCCACACCCUGCGACACCCGGCCGCAUGAGUCCUGGGCCGAUUGGUUCAUGGAAGACUAGCGUGGCGACCACAAGCUCGCUACCCCAUCCCAAUUCCAUAUCACCUUCGAGUAUGAAAGGCCCGAUGCAGCCUGGCCCCUUCGGCAUGCCUAUGAGCAUGCCUCCACCCGGCUUCAACCCGCCGCCAGGUCUGGGAAAUCGUCUGCCAGACCCAAACAUCUUUGGUCCGCCUGGUAUUACCGGGUUUGGCAGACCUCCUCCCCCUCUAGGCAUGAUGGCCGUUCCGCCAGGUCUUAACGGGCCAGCUGGACGUGGCUUCAUGCCCGGCCCACCUCCUGGCUUCCCACAGCCCAUGGGCGACCAUAUGCAAAACAUGGCGCCAGGACCCGGAUCACAUUCGAGACAACAUUCCGGCAGCUUCGACCCAGCUACAUCGCCAAUUCCAACACAGCCUAUCGGCAGGCCAGCGCCCAUUGGACGACCAGGUAGUGUGGUUCAGGGACACCGAAAUGAUGCAUCAGACGACUUCACAAACCAACAGCAUCUUGGCAGCAGCGUCCUGGUAGAUGAUGCAUCGGACCCGAUGAACGCAGCAAUCAAUGCGGCAAGGCACCGUAGCCAGUUGCAACGGUCAGCGUUUCCACUGCCAUUCGACAAUGGGUUUUCUAGCAUCAACAAUAGCUUGUGGGGACCCUCACCAAUGUCAUACACCGUGGCCCCCGGAGUGGGAAACUCGACCUGGGGAAGCCCUACUAUGAUGCAGCCUAUGCCUCCGAUCCGUACGGCGGGAAACCCUCGUUCGGUGACGAUUCGGCUCAUGAUGUGUCGAGCCUGCAAGGAGCUGCAAGCCCGCAACCCGAAGAGCUCAGAGUCUUUUGUUGAUCUAGCAGCGGUCAAGGCAGAGGUUGACCAGCUCAAUAGGACUGAGUCUGUCCCUGAAGUUGAUCUGUUGGCUCUCGCCGAAACAGAAGGCAACCUGCAGAAUGGUGGCGGCACCUUUGAGGUCCAGUUGGAUGCAAACGGCCCAGGGCAGCACUUGAUGCGAUGGGUACCUGAGUUCAACGACAUGGCGUAUCCUGCCCAUAGGCCCGUAGGUGCACCAGGCGAGAUCGGAAGCCCCAUCAUCGGCAGCGGCGCACCUGCGUUCUUGGCUAGAGGACACUAG